CCUCUCAGUGGGCUUCCUGCUCUCUCUCUCUCACCUUUCUCUCCAGAGUGGAGGGAGGCGAGCGAAAGAGAGUGCAGCUGGAGUUGUGGUCCGCUCGCUACGCCCGUCAGAAGUGUGUUUCAGCUCCACGCUCUGUGUCUCUGCACAGCGACGCCAAGAUCAUGCAGCCAGCCUGAGGUUACGGCUCAUCUGAGGGGAAGGUGGCAUCUCGCUUUGAGGAGGACUGAGGGGGAGAAGAAGACUGAUCAGUUGCAGAGAGAGAGAGAAACACAGAGAGAGAGAGUGGGGGGAUAAAACUGAAAGACCCCCCUUUCUCCUCCUCGCCUCACUAAACAGAGCAAAAACGGAAGGCUUUGGAGUAUUCAAUUUUUUCUUUCGUUUUAUAUUUUUCUUAUUCCUCAUCGCGGUGCUGGGAGGUGCUUCAUCUUUUCACAUAGUCUCCCUCUCUGUCAUCUGCCUCCUCAUCUACUUCUCCAUCUAUGUGGUGUAUAAUUUCUUAUAUCCAUGAAUGUGAGAAAGGAGAGGGGAGUUUUGAUUUGAUUUUUGUCCUUUUCCCUGUCCCUCCUCACUCUUUCCCCACGUCCUUCCACCAAACCACCAUCCCUGUCACUUCCUGUCAUUUUACCUCUAAAUACCACUUAUCAGUUCACGAUCUCUCCCAUCUCACACCUCUCUCUGUCUCUAUAAACUCUGAUGUGAUAUGAAGUUGGAUGAAUUUUCUUCAGAGACAACUAAAAACUCCUCAUGAAUGACUCUUUUUUUGUUGUUUUUUUUUCCUUCUCUCUUGGUCCCUCCACACCCAUUUUCUUUGCAUCACACUCUUGCGGGAUUCUUUAAUGUUACCUCUAGAUCGAGAACAAUCGAGAAGGAGAUCGGGCCGGCAAGCUGCUGAUCAUGACUGGCUAAAUUAAGCAGAACCACAGAAGUGACAGAACGCCAAAGAAGAAAGAAGGGGAGAGCGACGAAGAGGAGUACAUAUAGACACAGUGCUCCUCAUCUCCACAGCAACAGCGCUCACACUCCAGCAGACUUCUGGAGGGAGGCUUCAGCUCAAUCACCAUCUUUGGUGGGAAGGGAACGGCAGUUGGAGGGAGAGAGACCAAUGAAAAGACUUCAGCUCAUCCAUCCCUACGUCUUAUGAUCUAGUCACUUCAAAUCUGCUCACCUGUACAGACAUUUUAGGUUAAUUGUCAGUUUCUAAGACUUCUGAAAUCUUGAAAAAAAAGAGAUCAGUCAGUCUGGAACUAAUUUCUGACACACCAUCCUCCUUCCCUCUAAUAGUUCAGAAGCCCCUCGCCCUUCCACCUUCAGCCAACCCAAGUUCACUCCUGUGUCCACCAGACUUCUGUCCUCUGCACGCAAAUUUAUCUGUUACAUCUAAAUCCCUUCAUCUGAGGCUAUGAGAGGAGGAUUCACAUCGCAGGCCACUCCAUCAUGCCCGUUCUGAAGAGCAGAGAGAAGAUCCAGGCUGGCAAUGUUCAAGGGACGGCAUUUACAAUUCUCCACGAUGCUUGUCAGCCUCCGCCAUUCUCCCUCCCAUCUUCAGGACAAGUGUUUGGUGUCUCCAUCCUCAACUCGGCACUCUCCUCCUCUGGACCAGUCGUGCCAUCACUCUCAACGGCAGCCACGGCUCACCCUGCCCUUUCUGUCCUUGUCCUUGUCUCUGCUCCUACUCUCUGUACUCCUGUUGCCCAUCUGCGAACCCCGGAGAGUUGGGGGGCCAGGAACGGGGCCUGGAGGUUCCCCAGGUGGACAAGGAGGUCAGAGAGGAGGCGGAAACCAGAGGGGCGCUGUUAUCCCUCCUCAUUACUCUCCGGGUUCGCCAGCACUUCCUCCUAACGCCCCCAAACUGAUCAGCUCGCUCAGCAUUGCCGUCAUCUUGGUGGGCAAUUCCAGUGAAGUAACCCUUGGUGCAGGACUUGAGAAAGAGGACUUCCUCCACAUCCCUUAUCCCCCUAAAGUUGAGGUGGUCACCAUGAAUGAGACGGACCCGAAGAGCAUCAUUAACCGGAUCUGUGCGCAGAUGAUGAGGAACUCUCUACAAGGCGUAGUGUUUGGUGACGACACGGACCAGGAGGCCAUCGCUCAGAUCCUGGACUUCAUCUCUGCUCAAACACACAUUCCCAUCCUGGGGAUCCGAGGGGGGUCGUCCAUGGUCAUGGCUGCCAAGGAUGACCACUCCAUGUUCUUCCAGUUUGGCCCCUCCAUUGAGCAGCAGGCAUCCGUCAUGUUGAACAUUAUGGAGGAGUAUGACUGGUACAUCUUUUCUAUCGUCACCACAUACUACCCCGGGUACCAGGACUUUAUCAACAAGGUACGCAGCACAAUUGAGAACAGCUUUGUGGGUUGGGAGCUUGAAGAAGUCAUCAUAUUAGACAUGUCUGUGGAUGAUGGAGACUCCAAGAUCCAGAAUCAGAUGAAAAAGCUGCAGAGUCCAGUUAUCCUGCUCUACUGCACCAAGGAGGAAGCUACUACCAUUUUUGAAGUGGCCCACUCCGUAGGCCUGACAGGUUAUGGCUACACCUGGAUCGUACCUUCGCUGGUGGCCGGUGAUGCAGACCACGUUCCAUCUGUCUUCCCUAUAGGGCUCAUCUCUGUGUCAUAUGACGAAUGGGACUACAACAUCGAGGCCAGAGUACGUGACGCAGUGGCUGUCAUUGCCACGGCAACCUCAACCAUGAUGUUGGACCGAGGGAAACAGACCCUGCAGAAGUCCAGUUGCCUCGGGACGCCUGACAAAAAGGGCUCCAGCAUCGGCCACUCCAAGGAAAUCUUAAAGUACGUCAUGAAUGUGACAUUUGAAGGUCGAAACCUGUCAUUUAGCGAAAAAGGCCACCAGAUGUUCCCUAAACUAGUCAUAAUACUUCUCGACAAGGACCGGCAAUGGGACAGGGUUGGCAAGUGGGAAAGAGGCUCAUUGACGAUGAGGUACCAUGUGUGGCCUCGUUUCGAGCUGUACUCUGACGUGGAGGAGCGGGAGGACCACCUGUCCAUCGUGACUCUGGAGGAGGCGCCGUUUGUCAUUGUGGAGGACGUGGAUCCACUCAGUGGGACAUGCAUGAGGAACACUGUGCCGUGCCGGAAACAGCUGAAACUCAGCAAUCACACAGGCGAUUCAGGGAUUUACAUCAAACGCUGCUGUAAAGGCUUCUGUAUCGACAUCCUGAAAAAGAUUGCGAAAACUGUCAAGUUCACUUACGACCUGUAUUUAGUUACCAAUGGUAAACACGGCAAGAAGGUUAAUGGGACCUGGAACGGCAUGGUGGGAGAGGUGGUGGCAAAGAAUGCUCACAUGGCCGUCGGUUCCCUCACCAUCAACGAGGAGAGGUCAGAGGUCAUCGACUUCUCCGUGCCAUUCAUCGAGACGGGUAUCAGUGUCAUGGUCUCCCGCAGCAACGGCACCGUCUCCCCCUCUGCCUUUCUAGAGCCCUUCAGCGCUGAUGUCUGGGUCAUGAUGUUUGUGAUGCUGCUGAUCGUGUCGGCCGUGGCUGUCUUUGUGUUCGAGUACUUCAGCCCGGUGGGUUACAAUCGCUGUCUGGCAGACGGACGAGAGCCCGGCGGUCCCUCCUUCACCAUCGGCAAGGCCGUCUGGCUGCUGUGGGGCCUGGUUUUCAACAACUCCGUUCCUGUGCAGAAUCCCAAAGGCACCACAAGUAAGAUCAUGGUGUCAGUGUGGGCCUUCUUCGCUGUCAUCUUUCUGGCCUCCUACACUGCCAAUCUGGCUGCCUUCAUGAUCCAGGAGGAAUAUGUGGACCAGGUGUCGGGCUUGUCAGACAAAAAGUUCCAGAAGCCGAAUGAGUUCUCUCCGCCUUUCCGGUUUGGUACGGUGCCCAACGGGAGCACAGAGCGCAACAUCCGCAACAACUACAGAGACAUGCACGCCUACAUGACCAGCUUCCACCAGAAGAAUGUAGAUGAAGCCCUGUACAGCCUGAAGACUGGGAAACUGGAUGCCUUCAUCUAUGACGCAGCAGUGCUAAACUAUAUGGCUGGCAGGGAUGAGGGCUGUAAGCUGGUAACCAUUGGGAGCGGCAAAGUGUUCGCCUCCACAGGCUACGGCAUCGCCAUCCAGAAGGACUCGGGUUGGAAACGAGCCGUGGAUCUGGCUAUCCUCAUGUUGUUUGGAGAUGGUGAUAUGGAGGAGUUCGAGGCCCUGUGGCUGACAGGAAUCUGUCACAACGAGAAGAACGAGGUGAUGAGCAGCCAGCUGGACGUAGACAACAUGGCAGGGGUCUUCUACAUGCUCGGGGCUGCCAUGGUUCUGUCACUGAUCACCUUCAUCUGUGAACAUUUGUUCUACUGGCAGCUGCGUUUCUGCUUCAUGGGCGUGUGCUCGGGGAAGCCCGGGGUCACGUUCUCCAUCAGCAGAGGUAUCUACAGCUGCAUCCAUGGGGUACAUAUCGAGGAAAACAAGUCAACCAUUGACUCACCAUCUUCUACCAUAAAGAAGAACAUGAACAACACCCACUCCAACAUCCUACGGUUACUUCGAACUGCUAAGGACAUGACUGCAGUCCCAGGCGUUAAUGGCUCUCCACAUGCAGCCCUAGAGUAUAGCCACAGUAGCCGUGAAGCGGCCAUCUAUGAUAUCCAGAAGCACCGGCAUAGCCUGGUGGGUCACCCUGCAGAUUGUAAGUCUGCUCCGCCCUAUCUUCCAGAGGAUCCCAUGUUCAGUGAUUAUAUCAGCGAGGUGGAGAGGACUUUUGGCAACAUGCCCCUGAAGGACAGCAACCUCUACCAGGACCAUUACCGGCACCACCACCCGGCCUCGGCUCUGGGUAUGUCCGGCCCCCCACCCAAUAGGCCGCGUAGCUUAGGCAGCGCUAGCUCAUUGGAAGGUGGCAUGUUCGAUGCUGACAGUUUGGGGGGAGGGGUAGCACCCAUUUUCACCACCCAGCCCCGCCCCUCAAUGACUCACAGGAAUACAAGUAAAUUUGACCUGAUUGCAGGCCACGCCGCUGCAGAUACCAAUCAGGGUGGGUUCAAAGGAAGCAAUGUUUACGGGAGGUUUUCUUUCAAAGGAGGAGCAUCCAGCACUGGGCUCAUCGGGGGACACGACAGGUACUGUGGUGGGGGAGGGGGAGGCUCAGGGGGUGACGAUGGGAAUAUUCGCUCUGAUGUGUCGGACAUCUCCACGCACACUGUUACCUAUGGAAACCUGGAGGGCAGCACCAAGAGGCGUAAGCAGUACAGGGACAGCCUGAAAAAGAGGCCAGCCUCCGCGAAGGUCAGACGGGAGCAGGACGAGAUAGAGCUGAACGCCUUCAGGAAGAGACCCCCACACCACACCGUCCACCACCACUUCCCCCAUGGGCCUCUGGCACACCGCCCGGUCUCACCUCCCCUGGAGCGGAAGAGGGGAGGAGGAACGGGUAAUUCUUCACCUUACAUAUUCCGCAAAGACAAAGACAACCUGAGGGAUUUCUAUGCGGACCAGUUCCGCUCCAAGGAGGGCAAGGAGUGGGAGCAAGAGGGUGGAAGUGGAGGAAGCGGUGCAGGCGGUGGUAGUGGUGGUGGUAUCUGUAAAAGCUUAGUGCCUGUGGAAGACUUCCUCAAAGGUAAAGGGAAGAAAACAGAGUGCAAAGGUGGCAUUGGUGGAAUGUCAGCAGGGCAACAGGCUCAUACUUGCUGGGAGAAAGGAGUUUCUGGCCUUGGAGGGGGAGGAAUAGCAGGGGGUGACUGGGAGUGUCGUAACUGCCACACUGUUUGUCAUCACAGUGGAGGAGGAGGCAGCACGUGCUCAGCUAGUGGAGUUGGGGGGAGUGGCAGUCGCCCCAGCUCUGCUACGCUCUGCAAACGCUGUGACUCCUGCAAGAUACAGCCAAGCAACCUUUAUAACAUCAGUGAGGAUAACAACAUGAUUUUUAGUGGUGUGAAGAGCAGCAUAGGACCUAGUCAGACACCGACUCAGACACAGCGCAGGAAACUAGGGCCAGGUGGGAAGGUGUUACGGAGGCAGCACUCUUAUGAUACAUUUGUAGAUCUGCAGAGAGAGGGAGCUGGUCGCAUGGGUGGGGUUGGAGGCGGUAUUGGCGGGCAGUUUGUUCAGCCCCGAAGUGUGAGUUUGAAAGAAAAAGACCGUUACAUGGAGGGCCCCAGUCCCUAUGCACACAUGUUUGAGAGAUAUUCGGGUGAAAGGGAAUCUCCCAUGUUUGGAGGAAUAGGUGGGGAUAGAGCAGCAGGAGGGUCCUCCUUCAGUUUGUACCGUGGAGGAGAAGGUGGGUUGCAUCGACGUUCAGUGGGGGAGAGAGACCUGAGGGACAGAGACAGAAAUAUGAUGGGAGGAGGGGGCUGUGGUGGUGGUGGUGGUGGUGGUAACAGAGGGGCUGGGACUUACUCCUUGUCUAAAUCUCUUUACCCAGAUAAGGUGAACCAGAACCCCUUCAUCCCAACCUUCGGUGACGACCAGUGUCUAUUACACGGUGCCAAACCGUACUACAUCAAAAAGCCACAGACGCAGCAGCAGCAACUUCUCAACAACAGCCGAGGAGGAGGGGACUUCCGCGGCUCCAUGGGAGCGACUUCCUAUUUGCCCGCAUCUGCCACAGCUGGGGUGAUGUCCAAUGUGGCCACAAGGUACCCAAAAGAGCUGUGCCUGGGUGGGGUGGGAGGGCCCAUGGGGAACCACCACGGGGCCAACAAACUGCUGUCCGGAGGCAGGGACACGUUAGGUCUGGGACAGGGACAGAGACCCUUCAAUGGUGCCAAUGGACACGUUUAUGAAAAGCUCUCGAGCAUUGAGUCAGAUGUCUGAGACUGGUCAGAGGAAGAAAGGGAGAGAUAGAGAAGAUGAAGUGGGUGAAGAAAAGAGUGGAAAAGGACAAAAGCUAAUGACUUCUCUAUGUGAAGAGAAUGAGGGUACACAACAGUGUGUGUUGUUCUCGGUCUUCUAAAAGGAGAGGUUCUGGACAAAACACAGGGGCCUCUGCCACAUAAAGUUUGGCAAAGUUCAAAGUGAGAGAAGUUUUUAAUGAGACGAAAGGAUUCUGGUGCUGCUCCAACGCUUGAGCGAUCUGAAGGGAAGAGAAAGGAGGGUUGGAGGGAGUGGGAAAAGGUGAGAUCAAUUCUCCAGGCUCUGCUCUCCUCACAUCCUUAUGGUCUUUCCCUCCUUCCUGCAGUCUGUCCAAACAUUUUGUUUAGCAACUGAUAUACAAUCAUGAAUGAGAAAUCUACACUUCUGCCGAAGUAACAGGGUAAACUAACAAUAAUUGUAUUGAUGAUGUUAAUAAUAUUAUUGAAUAUUAUUCUAGUGUUUAAUGAUGAUGAUCAGUUUGUAUUGUUUUAUAUUAUUAUUACUAUUAUUAUUAUCAUUAUUUGAUUUAUUGAAAUAGUUCAUGUUAUAUAUUUGUAUGAUCUUAAUUCUUUCUUAGUUCGCCAACAUUACAGGAGGCUGGGCAACAAGUUCACUGAUAUUUGUUGGUUUUCUGUAUCUUCUUUCCUAUAAAUUCUUCAUGUUUUACUUUUUUAACUUUUCUUACUUUGACUGCAGUGAAUUGUAUGUAAGAGGCAUGAUAAGCUGAGAGCAUUAAAUGUACUUUUAAAUUUGUGAUAAUUUUUUUUUUCAACUGCAGAAUCAACAUCAUCAUACUGAUUUGCGGUUUUUGUUACUUGCUUCGCCAGUACCAAAAGGGUUUCUCAAUUUGCGCUGGAUGUGCCUUAAUGGGACUUACACUGAUUUUCUAUCCAUUUUCUUUUGAUAGGAAGAUCCUCUUGCAAUCAGUCAACUGAUUUGGGAGCAAAGAUACACGAGAAAAACAUUCAAUAUUAUAGUUUUAGUUUCAUCUGCUGCCAUUAAACUAAGCUUGCAAUGAACAAAUUGAAAGACACCAUGGGCAUUAGAUCAAGAGGAAAUAUAUUACAACAUUCCUUUAUUUUUAACACUUCAGUUAACAUAACUAUGGGAGACUUAUUUUAUUUAAAUAAUGUAUUGAACCCAAGCUCCUUAUACGAAAUGUUCAAGAAACUACCAAAGUCAAUAUAAUCUUUAUCGCUUAAACCACAGAGAUCUAGCAUUACUUACUGUUUUUAUACAUUACAAAAAAUAUUGUUACACAUUUAUUUUAAGUAAAAUCAGAAAUAAUACUUAGUUGCAAUGUAUCAGUGAAGUUGCAAUGACACAUUGCAACUUCAGAGUGCAUAAAGAUAACGAGGCUACUACAGCCACAUGCCAGUAUGGGAAUAAAGGCUGGAAAGAGUGAGAUAACAGUCCUUCUGGUUUUUUCUAAAGAUAGUAAAAUGACUUGUCCAGCACCUCUGAAGUUUACUAAUUAAUAUUGAAUAAGAUAGUUUUGUUUGCAAGUUUUAAAAAAAGAGCAAAAUAUUGCUGCCUAUACAUCAAGUAUAUAAGGAGUGAUCCAAAUGUUAGUUGUGUAAUGUUAGUUGUGUAACUGAAAAACACAUGAGCAAACAUUAUGAUUUGUCCUGUGCUGGGACAGGGGGACUCCAACACCAUUGACUCUUUAAGGAAAUGGCUGCUUUAUUAUUCCCCAAUUCUUGAAGAUAA